ACGUGUCUGGCAUGUCGUGACCCAGUGGUAUCGUUAACCUCUCGAUCACGCGAGUUUCGUAAUACGUGUGACCGAUAAAUGUGUAUUCUUCGUUCGAAUGGUAACCACAAAUCGAAUCAGAGCUACGUAAAGUGUCUCGAACGGAAGCACGUGCGACGGGUAAGCACGUUUUAACGAAGAAUCGACAUUGGACGGUCGUAUCGCGUGAAAUUCGUCGGGAGCCAAGUGAUCUGCGCAUGUGACGGAAAACACAGCCAUGACUCGCACCGAAGAUUUGAUUGAUUAGAGCCCGUCGAUAAGCCAUCCGCCGAAUGACCCUAAAGAUACUGACCCCCGGGAACACGCUUGUUCGUCAAAAUGGCAUCUGGACAAGGAUGUUCUCGAGAAAGUCGAAACCGCUGGCAUCGGAGGUCUUAACGAGCUAUCUGCGGCAAACGAACGAGCCACCGUGGACGUCGUACUUCGUGAAGUACGCCGACAUCAUCAACGAUCAGAGGGGCAUGUCGCACUUCAAUUGGCCUGUAGGCAGCAGCAAUUACCACGUACUUAGAACCGGCUGUUUUCCAUACAUUAAAUAUCACUGCACCAAGAGGCCACGACAGGACCUCAGGGACGAGGACAAAUUUUUCAAGGCGAUCAAGCUCGUGAACCUUGGUAUACCCACGCUGAUGUACGGCAUGGCUGCUAUAUGGUUGAUCAAGCACCAGGAGACGGUGAAAACCACCCAGGGCGACGUGACGAUCUACUUCUUGCUCCCCGAGGAUAAGGGCUCCAUGUACUGACAGCUCACUUCUAAUCCGCGCUAAUGUGUCUUCAUAUUUUAUAUGUGAAAUAAAGAGACCGUUUCGAGGAA